AAUCUUGUGGAACGGUCGCGCUGCUUGUUUUUCAUAUACGAAUGUGAGAACAUUUCAAUUAUACAUUGUACAGCGCCAUUAUGCGAAUAAGUAAAAAUCAUUGCAUCUAAAAAAGAACAAUAAAUCACAACAAAUUACAACAAGAAAAUAAGAGAAAAAACUUCAACGGAAAUAUUGUGGUAUUAAAUUCGGUCUUCAAAUUUAUAUAAUUAAGUAGUAAAUUAUUUGCUAAUGAUUUUACUGUGAUUAUUCAAAUGGUAAAUUGUUAUUAAAACGAAUUAUUAUCGUGUAAAACAAAAUGUUUUGGGAAGUGAAUUCAUAUUCAAAGAGCAUUGACACUUUACUAAACAAAGAGGAUGUGACGCUGAGAGAACUGCUUGACGAUGAAGACAUUCUGCAGGAUUAUAAAGAGCAGAACAAAAAUCUAACCCAAUUUUUACAUCGAGCUGAAAUCAUCGAUGAAUUGGUAUCUAUGAUCACAACCGAACCACCAUCGGAUGUUGCUGAUAAUGUACGCUUUAAAUAUUCGAACAUUGCGUGCGAAAUUCUAACCAGUGAAGUGCCAGUUUUAAUUGAACGUCUCGUAAGCAGUCGUUCAACGUUGGAGAAACUUUAUGCCUUUUUGGAACAAGAUCCGCCAUUGAAUCCGUUGCUUACAUCAUUCUGUAGUAAAACAUUUGGCAUGCUACUAUCAAAGAAAUCGGAUCAAGAUUGGUUUUCGUAUCAAUGUGUUUGUUUGCAAAUGCUCGAAUUUAUAAAAUCACGUCCGGGUUUUUUGAAUACAAUUUAUAAGCAUAUGAGCGCACCUGUUGUUGUUGAUUUAUUAUUUCAAAUUAUAACAUCGAUCGAAGGUGAUGAACUGCGAAAUUCACUAUUUCAAUGGCUUAGCGAACAACAAUUGGUGUGCAAUUUAAUUGGUAUGCUUGGCAAUGAGGCCGACGCUGAUAAACAUCAAAAUAUUGCCAAUUUAUUGUGUGAAUUGAUUUCAACUGGACGAAGUGCACGACAAAAUGAAAUACAGAAACGAGGUUAUGGUUAUAGUGACAGUGCCACGGAUUCAAAUGAUCCACUCAUUCAUAUACUGGAAGAUGAAUCGACUACGGAUUUACUGUUAGACUUAAUUUUAUCGAAUAAAACAGAAAGUGCCGUUGUAUCUGGCAUCACCAUCAUCUUGAAACUAUUGGAAAAUCCGAUAAUUAAUGAACCGGCAUCGGACACGGCUUUACAGUAUUUGGCCGAUGCGGAAAAAGAGCAUCACAAACGGAUUAUCGCAAACAUUGUGCAACAAAUUAAACCACGUGUCAAAGAGUUACAUGAACUACUUGUGAACCCACCAACGAAAUUUGACAUCAGGAAUACAGUAACACUAUUGUCGCCGCCAUUCGGUAGCACGAGAUUGCACAUAUGUACACUGUUAUCAGUAUUAAUUGAAACGGGAAAUCAAGAUAUUAUCGACGCAAUUUGCGAAACGGACUUUUUUAAUGUUUUGCUCGACCUAUUUAAGCAAUACUGUUGGAACAAUAUUUUGCAUAGUCAAGUAAAAAAAUGUUUUUCGUACGCAUUUAGUGCAUUUGUGCAUGGUGAUGAUAAUACAUGCACACCCUCUGCCUUACAAACUCAUAUUUUAGUAAAGUGUAACGUUGCAUCUAAGUUAAUUGAUUGCUGGAAGCACAACGAUGAAUCACAAUCAAAAGAGAAUGGCCGUCGACUUGGUUACAUGGGCCAUUUAAUUUAUAUGUUCGAUUCAUUAAAUUUAUUAGUAUUGGUGUCACACCAAUUUCGUGCCUUAGUUGAAUCAAAUUUAACUGAAGACGAACUGUCUUAUUGGAAAUUAGUAACGGAUCCAAAUAAUGGAUAUUUGGUGUCAGCGCUCAAACAGCAAAAAUCAUAUUUGGGUGGCAUCGAUCCAAAUCAAAGUGAUUCCUACGAUACGAGCGCAUCAAAAGAUUUUCAAGAUGAAAGUUUUACCGGCGAUUACUAUAACGACAUUGAAGCAAAUUCACAUAAUAUUGUUGACGACAUAAAUGAUACGGCAACACGUUUAUUCGAGGCAAGGUGCAGUAUGCAAAAUCUCAGCACAUUCGAUAUUCGUGAUUCGGAUAUCAAAUACAAUUUCGAUGAGCUGAUGAACGAAUUUCGUGAUGAUAUCAGUGACAAUAAUAUAUUUGGCAGCAGCGGCUCAACAUUUCCAACGAGUAGCAAUUUGAGUGAUUCAAUAUUACCAAAAAAUGACACCGAUUGGGCCGAUUUUGAUUCGCAUUUUAGCGAUUUUCAGCUAAGCGAUAACAUCGCAUUUCCGCCACUUGAACAAAAUAACCAUAACAAUCGAAACGAUGAGAUGGCCAACAGCAACAAUCCAAACGCGUACUCAUCAUGGAACGACGAUAAUAACAAAAAUCCAAGCUCAUCAGACUCGUCACCAGUUCGAGUACAGAACACUAAAGAUAUCAAACGAUGGGCUUCGGUUGUUAGUGAUAUAGACACCGUACAAACAACCGACGAAUUCAAUGCGGAGAAAACGACGGAAGAGACAAAUGCGUCUGUACAAAAUGCCAAUACGAUCAGUUAUACAACAUCAGCGAGUGAACAAAUUGAUAAUGCCGAAUUGCAAGAAAAGGAAUUAGUUAGCAGUAAACUAGACGACAAUGAAAAUGACAAAGAGAGUAAAUUAGUUGAUUGCACCACGAAUGCGGCUUCACCAAAAAAUGAAACAAUGACAACCAUCACGUCCACGACCACAACAUCACCGGUCGAGACUGACAUAAACAACGGACCAUUCACAGAUGAAUCAAAUGCUAAGGAGACGAUCGAUAAUAAAAAUGAUAACACUUCCAACGAACACAAUGAAAAUACAUCGGUUAUCAACGAUUUGAAUGUGUCAGAUUCCGAUGCCAAUUUAACAUCAUCAUCAGAAGAUUCGUCGUCGUCACCCACAGACCAAUCAACUGAUAUAAUAAGCGACGUAUAAAAAAUACUGUGAAACGAUAAGCCGUUUUAAUGUGUCAACUCAAGUUAUUUGGCAGCUGAUUCGUUCGUUAUCUUUUGUAAGAUUUGAUUCGAGGCACUCUUGAAAGCAAAACAAAAGAAGAAGCAAGAAAUAUAGAAGACAACAAACAAUGAAGACAAGUAGUAAAAAAAAACUCAAUGACCAAAUUAAUGUGUUAAAGGUCAUUGUAUACUGUUCCACAUAUAACAAUUAUAAUUUUUCGGACUCUUUUUAUACGCUCAAAACUAAAAAAAAAUAAUUCAAACACAAAUAUACACCCCCCGGUGAAAAAAAAGUAAUUCAAAUGCAACAACGACCAAAAGCAAAAAAUCACACAAAAACACUCAACACACGAAAUCACGUGAAACACACAUACAAGAGUAUUGUAAUUGUUUUUAAUGAUAAACAAAAAAUAAAUAAAUUAAUAUGAAUUAAUUUGACAACAGACACAAAAUGAAACGCAUACACAAUUAGGGUCAGACUUAAUUUUUUAGUAAAUAAAAUUUGUUAGAAUUUAUUUAAUAGAUGAACGAAAUAAGCGUUUAAGAUAAAUAAUAUAAUAAAAAAAAAUGGAGAAAAUAAAAUCAACAACAAAGUAUGGCAAUGGAGUGAGCGAGACAGCAAUAGGUGUGUGCGCACACAUGUGAAUUGAAAUGAAGAUAAACUUUGUAAAUAAAUACACCUGUGUAUUGUAAAAAAAAGAAGAAAAAAAAUGUAACCUACGAGUGACCGUUAAGCAUGCAAGCGCCAAUAAACAAAAUGAGAAACAGUCCUUUUCUCUUUUUGAACAUUUUUUUAUAUACCGUGCAUACCAAUUGAUUUCCCGUUAAACUCUUGUUGGGAUGUCGAAAGCAAAAGAACACAUAUUAAAAAUGAAUGAAACAAAAAUAUUCUCAAUUCAAACGAUCAAAACAAAAACUAUAAAAUUCCACCUUUUAAUUCAAAACUUAUUGCAAUAAAAACUCCAAAAAGAAUUACAACCUCAACAUCGAUCGAUGCCCAUACAAAACGUUUAAAAAAAAAUAAUACGAAAUGGAGAAAGAACAAAAACAAAACAUACACGAACAUGAAGCUAAACUAUGAUUUGUGAUAUGUUCAUAUCAAAUUUAAAACCUAAAAAAAGAUGAA